AACACUAUUUCCAGUUUAAAAUCGUAGAUCCUCUGCUCUCUGGUACCAUGAGAACAGAUAUUUUUGUGUCUACACCUGUUUUGUUCGUUUUAGUUUUAGUCAUGAUUUGCGAAGUUGACGUCGCCUCAUGCAAUAAUGCUGGAGCGCUGGACAAAAUAAUGUUCCCGAGGGGAAAUCACUGGGCAGUAGGUCACUUGAUGGGGAAGAAGAGCACAGAUACAUUGUAUGAAUCAGAGGAAGUUGGCACAACCAGUAAUGAAUACUUCCUUACUCCAAAAGAGGCCAAGCAACUAGAUAAGCAGCUGCAAUCACCCCAGCUACUCAUAAAUCUGAUCAGGGCUUUGGUUGUGCUGGAGACCGCAAAUGAGGCACGUAUACAGUGGAAGGUCACUCAGGAAAGGAAGAGCCACUGGGAAGAGACUGAAAAGGACAAAAACUUGAGAAAGGUAGGAGACUUGCUGUUUCAGUCUUUGCACUUGAAGGACAACAGCGCCACCUGA